ACAACAGCUUUUUUUUCCCCAUUUUUACUUGCUCCCCUGAGUUCCGUCUUCGUCUCCAUCAUCGCUUGAUCCGGAGAGGCAUCGAAACCCUGAAUCCAUACCUCUCCCAUGGCGAGUCUGUUACGAGCCGUGAUCGGCGGGCAGAUCGAAGAUUCCGGCGAUUACGACGGCGUCGAGUUCUGGGUAAACCCUGAACGAACCGGUUGGCUCACGAAACAGGGCGAGUACAUCAAGACAUGGCGUCGCAGGUGGUUCGUGCUGAAGCAGGGGAAGCUCUUCUGGUUCAAGGAAUCGAUCAUCACUCGCACGUCGCGCCCACGCGGCGUCAUCCCUGUCGGGUCGUGCCUCACGGUGAAGGGCGCGGAGGAUGUCCUGAACAAGCAGAACGCGUUCGAACUGUCGACGAGGACGGAGACGAUGUACUUCAUCGCCGAUUCGGAGAAGGAGAAGGAGGACUGGAUCAACUCGAUCGGACGGUCCAUUGUGCAGAACUCGAGAUCCGUCACCGAUUCCGAGGUCGUCGAUUACGACAGCAAGCGGUAAAACCGGUCCGGCGAGAUGGGAAAUCGUCAGUGCCGGUGCGUGGGUACGAUCAUGUGGUGUAUCUCUGUAUGUAUGUAUGUAUGUAUGUAUGUAUGUAUGUAUGUAUAUUGUGACUGUGAGAAAAGGGCUUGUAAUUGAAGGAACAAUCUCCCAUUCCAUGAAUUUCAACAUGGUUCUCUGUUAAGUGAUCAAUGAUUGAACCCAGAGCUUAAGCCAU